AACUCCCUCACCGAAUGUGUGGUCGGAUGCUUGACAUGUAGUAUCUCCUGUUCUUGUCAACAUCGCUGCCAGUAGCUAGGUCGAUAUAUAGCUUUCUCUCUGUCUCUUCGACCUGCCUCCUCCUUCGCUAUAUAUCUCUCAGGAUCUGUUCAUAUUUGAUACUUACCUGCUCACUGAAUUCAGAGGGUUUUCAGGGUGUUAGAAAAGAAAAAUUCAGAGCUGAAAACUUCAGUGAGAAGGAGAAGUAUCUUGGAAGUGCUGCAUUAUGGGGGAGGAGAAGCAAAGCUCCAAGCUUUCAGAACUUCUGCUUUGUUUGUUCAGAUUCUCCGGCCAGGACGGGUGGCAGGCAAGCUGCUGCGACGCCGGCUCGUCUCCGAGUUCGCCGGCGUCGGGGAGGAUGCGUUGCACGAGAGCUAUCAGAGCGAUACCGUCAACUACAGGAUGUUCGCCGGCACGUGGAACGUCGCCGGCGUGGCGCCGCCGGACGAUCUGGACCUGGAGGAUUGGCUGGACGCCAAGGCCAACUCCUACGACAUCUACGUUGUUGGGUUGCAGGAGAUCGUGCCGCUGAACGCGAGGAACGUGCUCGGUCCGACGAAGAGCUCGGCGGCCAUGAAAUGGAACUCGCUCAUCGGCGACGCUCUGAACAUGUCCACGGGAAGAAGACGAGACGGGGAGGAGGAGGCGCAGGCGCAGCGGCUCCAUGGGCAGCAGCGGUUCAGGUUCGUGGUGAGCGAGCAGAUGGUGGGCAUCUUCGUGUCCGUGUGGGCGAGGAGCGGCCUCCGCCGGCACGUCCGCCACGCCGCCGCCUCCUGCGUCGGCGCCGGCGUCCUCGGCCGGCUGGGCAACAAGGGCGCGGUGACCGUCCGGUUCUUGCUGCACGGCACCAGCUUCUGCUUCGUCUGCUGCCACCUCGCCUCCGGCGGCAAGGACGGCGACGCGCAGCUCCGCAACGCCGACGCGGCGGACAUCCUCGCCAGAACCACCUUCCGCCGCCCCGCCACGGCGCCACCGGCCGAGGAGCUGCCGCGGAAGAUCCUCGACCACGACCGCGUGGUGUUGCUGGGCGACCUGAACUACCGGAUCGCCAUGGACGACGGCGAGGCGCGGCUGCUGGUGCAGGCGAAGAAGUGGAGCAUGCUGCUGGAGAACGACGAGCUGCUCCCCGAGCUCUCCGACGGCGGCUGCUUCGACGGCUGGCGCGAGGGCCUCGUCACCUUCUCCCCGACCUACAAGUACCACCUCAACUCCGACGCGUUCUGCUGGCGCGUCGACGGCGGCGACAAGCAGCAGCCGCGGCGCGCGCCGGCAUGGUGCGACAGGAUACUGUGGCGCGGGAAGGGGCUGAGGCAGGUGAGGUACGACCGGUGCGGCGGCUACCGGAUCUCCGACCACCGGCCGGUGAGGGCGGUGUUCCACGCCGUCUGCGAGGUCGCCGGCGGAGACGUCCAGCGCUCCACUCCGGCGUUAGCGUAGCUAGUUUUGGACAUGUCAAUCUCUCUUUUUUUUUAAAAAAAAACUUAAUUACCAAAUUAAUUAGCGAGCUGACAUCCGUCUCUUCUAAGUGUGUGGUAGCUAGAGAGGACCAUUCGACCGUGGAUUGUGUACAUGGCCGUCUUAUGAUGGAAAAAGAAUCUUAUCGUGCAAAUUAAUUUGUGGUGCAGAACUAGAUAGAAAAAUGUGCAUACAAAACGCGUAACUAAUCCUUACUGUUGAUAUUUGGUCGAUGUCUACGGUAAUGUAGCUAGAUAGGAAAAAAAAUACUGUCUUUGAUGGAGAAAGUACUAGUAUUAAAUUUUUAAUAUAACAA